AUGUUCUCCCUCCAGGACGGCCUCCCGCGGGGAGCGCUCACCAUGAAGGAAGAGCCGCUGGCCAGCGGCAUGACGCCCGUGCGCUCGUGGAUGCAGAGCGCGGGGAUCCUGGACGCCAACACGGCGGCGCAGAGUGGGGUUGGUUUGGCUCGGGCUCAUUAUGAGAAGCAGCCUCCCUCCAACCUGCGCAAGUCCAACUUCUUCCACUUCGUGCUGGCUCUGUAUGACCGGCAGGGUCAGCCUGUGGAGAUCGAGAGGACCUCCUACGUGGACUUUGUGGAAAAGGACAAAGAAUAUAAUGGCGAAAAGACCAACAAUGGCAUCCACUACAGGUUACAGCUCCUCUACAGUAACGGCAUCAGGACAGAGCAGGACCUGUAUGUACGGUUGAUAGACUCCAUGACUAAACAGCCAAUCAUUUACGAAGGCCAGGACAAGAACCCAGAGAUGUGCCGCGUUCUCCUCACCCACGAGAUCAUGUGCAGUCGGUGUUGCGACAAAAAGAGCUGCGGAAACCGAAACGAGACGCCGUCAGAUCCGGUCAUCAUCGACAGAUUCUUCCUGAAGUUCUUCCUCAAGUGUAAUCAGAACUGUCUGAAAAAUGCAGGGAACCCCAGAGACAUGAGGCGCUUUCAGGUGGUGAUUUCCACUACGGUGAAUGUAGAUGGCCACGUGCUGGCCGUGUCAGACAAUAUGUUUGUUCACAACAACUCCAAACAUGGCAGACGGGCUCGCCGCCUGGACCCCUCUGAAGCAGCCACUCCCUGCAUCAAGGCCAUAAGCCCCAGUGAAGGCUGGACGACUGGUGGAGCCACCGUCAUCAUCAUCGGGGACAACUUCUUUGACGGCCUACAGGUGGUGUUUGGCACCAUGCUUGUGUGGAGCGAGCUCAUCACACCCCACGCCAUACGAGUGCAGACGCCCCCAAGACACAUCCCCGGGGUCGUGGAGGUCACCCUCUCCUACAAGUCCAAACAGUUCUGCAAAGGAGCGCCGGGACGCUUCGUCUACACAGCUCUCAAUGAACCGACCAUUGACUACGGUUUCCAGAGGCUACAGAAGGUCAUCCCCCGCCACCCCGGAGACCCAGAGAGGUUACCCAAGGAGGUGCUGUUGAAGAGGGCAGCAGAUUUGGUGGAAGCUCUUUAUGGAAUGCCUCACAAUAAUCAGGAGAUCAUUCUGAAGCGGGCGGCUGAUCUGACCGAAGCGCUCUACAGUGUCCCCCGCAGCCAUAACCAGCUGCCCUCGCUGACUGGCUCGGGCGCGCACUCCGGCAUGAUGGGGGUCAACUCUUUCAGCAGCCAACUGGCCGUCAACAUCUCUGAGGCUUCACAGGGGGACCAGGGUUACUCCCGUAACUCCAACAGCGUGUCUCCUCGUGGCUAUGUGCCGAGCUCCACGCCUCAGCAGUCCAACUACAACACCAUCACCUCCACCAUGAACGGAUACGGUGCUGCAGGCAUGACCAACCUGGGAGUACCUGGCUCCCCCAGCUUCCUCAACGGAUCCACUGCCAACUCCCCCUACGCAAUCAAACAGAAGAGCGCCUUCGCCCCCGUGGUCCGGCCACAGACCUCCCCGCCCCCCACCUGCACCAGCACCAAUGGGAGCAGCCUACAGGCCAUGGCCGGCCUCAUCGUCCCACCUAUGUGAAGUGGCAGGAGGAGCUCGUUGUCCCAGAGAUUCCCUAAGCCCAAAACAAACUCACCGGCUCCUGGAAUCCACCUGACAGUCACUUUGCAAAUAUCAUCAUCAUCGUCAUCUUCAUUAACAUCCUGUGGAGAAGCUUCUCUAGAAGAGCAUCUGGAUAACCUGGACAAAGUGAAUAAAAAAUGAAAAAAGAAGACAAAAAAGUUUCGUCCCACGCUUAGAUUUUAUAUUUAUGUUGAUUUCAUCUUUCGGAACUCUCGAGAAGGACGGCGCGGAGGUGGACGGAAGCUAGGCGAGAUUUUCCCAGCAUGAACUCCAAAAUAGAGGUUUGGAAAUGUACAGGGGCUUCCAGCUGCAGCCCACU